GGUGAUAAGCAGACAAUUCAAAGUCGAGGUCGGCGAGGAAGUCGUGGGCGAAGUCGGGUGUGUCCGUUUUGUGUGUCUCGCGAACGUUUCCCAAGAGCGACGAUCUGGUAGAGCAUUGAGUGCUGGGAGCUCGGACGCCCUCAAUGGGUCGAGGGUCCGUCACCGCCGCUGCCGUCUCCCUAUCGCCACCCCCCGAUUGCGAGUCGGCAUCACCUGUAGGAAACGUGACUUCCUCCGUCCGGCGUUUUCGCUUCUUUGCGCGCAACGCGAGCAUCAGAGGUACCUCCGGCUCCGGUGACGAUAAUGGCGUCAGAGGAGACUCCUCGCGGCCGUGCUGCGCACCAACGUCGGGGCUCUUGGUACGCUUAUUCGACGCAUCCACAACCACUGUCUGCGCCUUUGGCGGAUACUCCCCCCUAAACUCCUCAUCCACGUAUUCAUAGUCCUCCGCGACGUCGUCCUCGACACUUCGUCUCCGAUUUGAGAUAAUGCUACGCACUGUGCCGGGCGGAGCGCCCACAAGGGCAGCGAUCUCUCCGACGGUCUUGCCGUGCUGGUGUAGGAUGCGAAUUUUGGCGCGGUCACUGCGAGUAUAUUUGCGACGGCUGAGGGAAGGUGAUUAGAGAAGGAGAGGUGGUUAUCGGGGCGGUGGCAAGAGCAGGAUGGACUGCCCGUGAUUAACAUGUAGGCGUACCUUUUCGCUAGAGUGGGAGCAGGGGCGGAACGUGCUCGAGGCUUAGCUGCAGGUUGUACAUCGUUGCGGAGCGCUAUCGACAGCGACGAAGUCGCCGGCGCCUGUCCACCUCUGCCAAUCACCAGUGCACCUCUAU